UUUAAAGAUGAACACCAUUUACUUCCGGUUUCCGUUGUUUUUGAAUUAUUUUGAAGGAACAGAGAGAAACGGAAAGAUACAGAGUUAAAGGCACGAAAAGACAUGUCGACGCUGUUUCCGUCGCUGCUCCCACGGAUCACCGAGUCCCUGUGGUUCAACCUGGACCGGCCUUGUGUGGAUGAGACGGAGCUGCAUCAGCAGGAGCAGCAGCAUCAAAACUGGUUACAGAGCAUCGCGCAGAAAGACAACAACUUAAUGCCCAUCGGGAAACCCAUCUUUGAGACAGGUUAUGAAGAGGAGGAGGAAGAGGAUGACGAGGACGAGGAAGACAGUGAGGAAGACUCAGAAGAUGAAGAAGACAUGCAGGACAUGGACGAGAUGAAUGACUACAAUGAGUCGCCUGAUGAUGGGGAAAUCAAUGAGGUGGACAUGGAAGGAGCAGAACAAGACCAGGACCAGUGGAUGAUUUAGGAAGAUCUUUAACUAAACUGGUGUCUGGAUUUCUACCCCUACCAACAAUGUGACUAAUUCCUAACCACUCUGUGACUCAGAUAUGUUUUAAUAUUUGUGUAAAAGCUACUUCAAGUGGUAUCUGAGCUGAUUCUUAAGCUUCGAUCCAUCCGCCUUAAAAAGCUGUAGGCAUGGUUGGACAUUUCUGUGAAUUUUGCUGCAUGAAACAUUGAAAUAUAAACAUGGGAGAGUCGUGUGAAGAUACUGCUGCAUUGGUCCGGAUUUCUUAACCAACAGAUCCUGCCAAAUCCGCUCCAAACCUGUCUGGUACUCUAACAUUGACCUGGGAGCUGUCUGGCACACACUGUACCCAGCAGUCUGUCAUUUGAACUUUGACCUGUCAUAUCUUAAGUCAUGUGUGAAGGAGAGGUUUAAAGCGGGUGAUUGAGCUAACAUUGCUUCAGUCAGCAAAAUAAUUUGUUACCUGUGAAAACAAAACAUCUUAAAAAGAGCCGUUUUCUGUUUUAUGACCUGGCUACUGAGUCAUUGAAACUCCUUCUGCAGGAGAUUUAUAAACCCUUAUAAAAAAUGUUUAUGUUUUUAGAGAAUUUUGCCUAUCAGUUCCCUUGUCUUUAUGGUGCGCAGCUGAGAACAAAUGCUUUGAUUUAUGUUACAGGUUUGGACAGUUUUUAAGAAAUAAUUUUGUUAAUAUAUCUUUUAUUGUUUUUUUAUUUUAUUUCUCAUAAAUAAAACAACCAUGUUUUAUUGGA